AUGAUCUUAUCUUUUUUCCCCUCAUCUCCCAUCACCUAUAAUCAGAAGCUUCAUGUGGGCAGGAAGGACAAGAAGGUGGCAUGGGACGAGAACAUCAUUAUGCACCUCUGCAAACCAUUUGCAUCUUCCUAUGAAGAUGAAAUCUGCAAACAAGAUUUCUUUAUUAAAUCACCUCCUCCUCAGCUUUUUACUAAUCUAACCUCUUGGAAGAAGCGAUUUUUCAUUCUGUCAAAGAAUGGGAGUAAGGGCUAUAGCCUUUCCUAUUACAAAGACGGCCAUCACCAAGGUGUCAUUGAAGUUGACGGGACUUCCAUUAUAGAAGUUGGCUUAUGAAGUGAGGAAAAACUACAGUCUGUACAAAAGAUGUUCCAAUGCCAGCCUGAUGAGGUGAUGUCCAUCAGAACCAUCAACAGAGAGUACUUCCUCAUUGGCCGAAACAGGGAGAAGAUUAAAGAGUGGGUGUCUUUCAUGUCAACUCUGAGCCUCUGGGAAGUAAAAGAAUUCCCCUUGGAUAAUUACAAACUCUUUGCCGUCCCCACUUUUCCUCCAACUCCCUUUAGCACCUCAGAGGCCACCAGUUCCAGCUCACAAAGAAGUGAUCUUCCAGAUAUGCUGGAUAAAUAUCUUGCUGAAAAUGACACUAGUGAACCCAUUAAUUCUGGUAGGCCAGAGAAGAUCUUUAAGAAAGUUGAGCCAAUUUACAUGUCAAUGAAGUCCUGUGUUUCCCAAGACAUAGUCCGUCAGCCUGAUGGCAGCCAAGAGGGGACCCAGAGCCUUCCAGAAACUCAACCUGAGCCAUCUCAACUGCAAGAACAUAGCUCAGGAAGAGAUGUGUUUUUGUCUCCAGCCAGUGCCAAAGCAGUAAUUACAAAUGACAAAAAAAGUAACAUCACCGAUGAAAGCCAAGUGGAGAAGUUGAAUGUGUCCCUUUCUGCUGCUGAUAUUCUUCAGUAUCUUUCUUUUGUUGAAGUUGCAGGAAGGAUAUGUGUGGCUCAGUGGGAAGGCCCCAGGGACCUGGGAUGCUUAUUUUUCCAUGGAGACUACCUGUUGGCCGUGAAUGACUUGAUCCCCAGGAACUUGGAGGAGGUGUCCCUGUUCCUCAACCGGUGUGUCCAGAAGAUGAAAGUUAAACUCACCAUUGGAGGAAUUCAGAACUCAGAGAAAUUUCAUGCUCAAUCCUGCACAUGCCCCUUAAAACACAAGAUUGUUGUGCCUCUUGAACUGGAGACAUCUAGAUUGCUCAGGAUACCAAGAAGGAGUUAG